CUAGCGAUGAUAUGGACCGCUCCCACUGACACUAACAACACCGAGGGGGCCAGUAAUGGGCUACUCAUUACUGAAGUGACUCAGGUCAGAGCUCUAAGGAUAGCCAGGGCUUACCUUCACUCCCUGGAUCAUGAGGCCACCAUUGCCAUGCUCUCAGCCUACUGUCCAGUUGUCUCCUCACUAUUACUCCCAUUGUCAAGUCCUAACACUCUCAUUCGUAAAGGAGCCUACCACUGCAUUGAAGCACUCUACAGCUCAGCCACUGUCUCACAACCAGAGGACAAACUAACCCAAAUCUACUCAUCCUGCCCUCUCCUUCAUCUACUGGACUAUCUCACCACAUGUAAAGUAUCAAUAGCUACUGACCCCAUUGGACUCCAGUUAGUAUUACAGUCACUCUAUAGCAGUACUGAGGAUGGGAAUAGGAGGGGGACAUUCCCAAGGCUGGCUCCGCCCGAUGUUCCGCCGAGUGCUAAAAAGAGGCGUGGCAAAAAGGCGGAGUCUCUCGAGGAAGGGGAGAGGGUCCGUGAAGCGAUUGUAGAGUCUUUGUUGUUGAUGAUAGUUGGACUGGAGAGGGGACCUUUAUAUAUGAUCAAUCAGUUAUUGAAUAUACUAUCAGGAGUUGAUAUUAAGUGUAAGUUAAGUGGGUUGUUGAAGCUGAUGAAAGAGUUGAUCCAGAAAGUGAAGGAACACGAUGAACAUACAAUGGACACAAACAAAGAAUUUUCUUCCUACCCACUAUCACCAAUAGAGUCCCAUUGUGUCCAGUCGUUAGUGCAGUGCUAUACUCCAGUGGUUGCUUCAUGGCUGGAGACUGAUCCUGAUGCUUUUGAAGUGUUUCUCUCUCUUCUCUCGUCCUCCAUUUCUCUAUCACCCACUGUACCAUCACUGGCUGCACUAGCAGUGAAUCAGAUCACUCCUCAGUUCUAUUCAUCUCUUUCCACUGUUCAGUCUCAGCAGUCAAUACUUCAUUCAGUUCUUAGUCUCAUGAUAGUCUCCAGUAGCUCAGGUCUCACACUGACUGCUAAACAAUGUCUUCAACAAUUGCCUUUAAGUUCUGAGGUCUUGAUAGCUGAACUGUUACUGGAGGAAGACAAACUAAAACCAAAAGAGAUUGACUCAUCUGCUGGCCCUGCCACUAAGAAAAG